AUGGGGAACACGCUAUCAUGCUGCGUUUCCCCCGAAUCCAGCCCCAAACUACCGUCCAGACCCGCCCCGGAGCGCCUGGAGGAAACUCACACCAGUACCGACGUCAGCGACGACAACACCGGGCCGUAUCUGCAGCACAUCAGCGACAGAGAGGUCCCCGAUGAGUUGGCGUUGGAAUCGAACCCUUCUGACCACGCUCGGGCCAGCACCAUAUUUCUCUGCAAGUCCCAGACAGACUUCCGAGACAGAAGGAAAAGCAACCACAUAAACCACAUCAGUCAUGUUUCUCCAGGACCUUUGUCAAAGAAGUACAGCUCUUGCUCCACCAUCUUCAUCGAUGACAGCACAGUCAGCCAGCCCAACCUCAAGAGCACCAUCAAGUGUGUUACAUUAGCCAUUUACUACCACAUCAAAAACAGGGACUCUGAUCGGUCCAUGGAUAUCUUUGACGAGAAGCUGCAUCCAUUAUCGAGGGAGCCGGUGCCAGACGAGUACUGCCGCUUGGACCCGGAACACAAAGUGAUCUAUCGUUUUGUCAGGACCUUGUUCAGCGCGGCGCAGCUCACUGCAGAAUGUGCCAUUGUGACUCUGGUGUAUCUAGAGCGGCUGCUGACCUAUGCUGAGCUGGACAUCUGUCCGUCUAACUGGAAGAGGAUCAUUCUGGGAGCCAUUCUGCUGGCUUCCAAAGUGUGGGAUGACCAGGCUGUUUGGAACGUGGACUACUGCCAGAUCCUCAAGGACAUCACCGUGGAGGACAUGAACGAGAUGGAGCGUCACUUCCUGGAGCUGCUGCAGUUCAACAUAAACGUCCCAGCGAGUGUUUACGCCAAGUAUUACUUUGACCUGAGGCAACUGGCCGACGACAACAACCUGAGCUUCCCCCUUGAGGCACUCAGCAACCAGAGAGCACAGAAGCUGGAGGCCAUCUCUCGUCUUUGUGAGGACAAAUACAAGGACCUGAGUCGAUCUGCCAUGAGACGCUCCCUCAGUGCAGACAACCUGAUCGGCAUCCGCCACUCCAACGCCAUCUUGUCCUAG